AUGAGCGGUCAACGCAGCUUGACAAAAGGCAAGAAGCACUUGCCAGAUCCCGUGGGUCAAUAUGUCGGACUGUUGGCUCUCUACUCGCGCAAAAGCACGGACGAUCCAAACGAGUCAAAGCGCGCAGAGGGCGAAUCGACCAACGGCAGCAGUGGCAAGGGCAAGUGGAGAGCGAUGCUAGGAAGAGACGCAUCAGAAAGCGAAGAUGCCGGCAACAAGAAGCCUGUGCCCAAAAUUCACGCAGAUGUAGCCAGAGUGUACUUUCCUGGACAAGCCGUCACCGCGCAAGUCGAGAUUGAUGAGAGAGCGCUGGCUCAGGACUCGGACCUCGAGCAGCUGACCAUCGAGCUCAAAGGAGAAGUACACAGCUACGGUGCGUGCAUCGCCGGUGCUCGUCCCCUCUGACCACGUCGCCUGCUGAAAUCGCAUCGCGCAUCCUACCAGGCUACUCGUGGGAUCAGUAUGGCAACCGCUACACCAACCCGCAUACAGAGGUGAGUUCAGCUGGACAUGACCUUUGGAUGCCUUUGGCUGACGCUCCACCCGCUUGGGUCACAGACCAUCUUUGUGCGGCGUGCCGUCCUUUAUGCGCGCGAAGGAGCAAAGACGGACGCGGUCGAAGAGCAUCUCUUGACAACGGGCAAAGCCAAAGUGGAUCAUUCUGACAUUGCCGCGUGGGAUGUAAGCAGCAUCUUGCCAACCACUUUCGAGACCAAGCCUGGCAGCGCGAAAUCGCAGACUUUGGCCUUACCGGCUACAUUUAAGGAUACUACCAAUAGCUAUAUCGACGGCACUGCUACCGUCGUGUAUGGAUGGAAGGCGGUAGCGAAGCGUUCUGGCACAUUCAAAAGACACUCGAGGUGAGGCUCGCAAGUGAUGACCUUCAGGCUCGGUACUGACCAGUCUUGUGGCUUGACUUUGUAGAGCCUGGCUGCCACUACUGGUCUCGGGCAUAUCUGAGCGCAAGGGCGAGAUUCCUAGUCUUGAAGAGCUGCCAGCCAAUCUCAGCGCGGUGCCACCUGGCUGGGUCAGAGGCACGGCGUCGCAGGCUAUUCGCAAGAAGCUUCUCUUCAGCAAGGGCACCGUGGACGCGGAAGUGAGUCAUAGCAAGUCUCUUUGACGUUCAGGCACCGCGGAUUGUUCGCUCAGCGUUUGGCUGCGCCUUUCCUAUACAGCUUUUCGUUCCCAUUCUGGAUGCAGUCGCUCCAGACUCUGUCUUGCCGGUAGUGCUGAAGCUGACAGCCAGCGCAAAGAAUGCCAGCGAUCUGACGGGCCCAGACGCGUCACUUCCGUCCUUGCCUGGGACAAACGCUUUGCCCUCUUCUGGCAGCGGCGGUGCGCCCCCUGCGGACAAGCUCCUUCCGCGUAUCAAGAUUCGCAGAAGGAUCGAAAACAGCACCAACAGCAAGGCCAACGACUUUUUCCUAGUCACGAACUUCGAACACAGCUUCUCGGCUCGCGUUGCUUGGAGCAACACGCAUCUGCAAGGGCCGGCUGGUAGUCUAGCUCACGGAUGGACUGAGCCUAGCAAAGCUUCCGCUCUUUCGUCUGGCUACAGCACAACAGCUCAGCUGGUUGGACAGAUCCACCUGGAUCUGACUCCGAACUUGGAACUUCCCACGCUCAAGGUACGCUACACGCUCGUGCUCAAGGUGCCCAUCCCCGGCCUAGGUUCGUCGCUCGUGGCCAAGCUGGAAGAUUUGCGGAUUGCGCCAUCGAGCGGUGUGACGGCUGAAGACCUUGCAGCCCAUGGGAACGACGUAGACCAUCUGACAAGGGCAGUGGCUGGUCGAAGACAGGCGCUGCUACUGAUUGCAAAGGACCAGUUCGUCAAGGCUCCCAAAGACGAUGAUCAAGCCAUGGACCAGCUCAUGGCGGAUCAAGUUUUGCCUGCGUACGAGGAUGAUGAUGACGACGACGAUGAUGACGACGACGACGAGAAGGGAAAGCUUUCGAAGAAGAAACGAGGUGAGGACGAGCUGCCUAGCUACGACGACAGCGGUGCCACGGGCAAAGCUCCGCCGUCCGAAAAGGCUUGA